UUGGUCGAGCCUCCUCCUGUCCUCCUCACCGGCGCUCCGCUGCAUCCGCGGCCGCUGACAAACACUCGCUGAGCGGCCACACACGCUCUGACCUCCGCGGCGAACACAGCGAACCACGCCGGGAAACAUGCUCAAUAAAGAGUGACCUUUCCGACGGAAGCAGCCGCAGUGUUUUAAAAACCGAAGAGCAGGGCAAGCCAACUUUAAUAGGAGGUGAUAAGAAGUUAGAAGCUCUCAGCUUUCUACCAGUGCACCUUCCAGACCAGUGGCUGUCCACCAUGUUGUCCAGGUUGAGGACAGCCUGGUCCCUGAGGCCCUGUGUCUCUGUUUGCAGAUGGGCACACACGAAAGACAAGGGCAAGCCCCUCAUGCUCAACCCUCGCACCAACAAAGGCAUGGCCUUCUCUCUACAGGAGCGACAGAUGUUAGGGAUACAUGGUCUGUUGCCGCCAAAAGUUGAGACCCAAGACAUUCAGGCCAUGCGUUUUCAGAAAAAUCUCAAGAAAAUGACUGAUCCCCUUGAGAAGUACAUCUACUUGAUGGGCAUCCAGGAGAGAAAUGAAAAGCUUUUCUAUAGAGUGUUGAUGGAAGACAUAGAGGACCUGAUGCCAAUAGUUUACACUCCCACUGUGGGCCUGGCCUGCACACAAUAUGGACACAUCUUUAGAAGACCAAAAGGUUUGUUCAUCUCCAUUCUGGACAAAGGACACAUUCGCUCCAUCCUGGACAACUGGCCAGAGACUAAUGUCUCAGCAGUAGUAGUUACUGAUGGAGAGCGUAUUUUAGGAUUAGGGGACCUUGGCGUUUAUGGAAUGGGUAUCCCUGUUGGAAAACUUUGCCUGUACACCGCCUGUGCUGGCAUCAGACCUGAGAAGUGUCUGCCUGUGACGAUAGAUGUUGGCACAAACAAUGAGACCCUCCUGAGAGAUCCACUGUACAUGGGCCUGUACCAGAAGCGAGACCAAUCUCAAGCCUACGAUGAUUUGAUUGAUGAGUUCAUGGAAGCUGUGGUGGAAAAAUAUGGACAGGACACGCUGAUCCAAUUUGAGGACUUCGGGAACCACAAUGCCUUCCGCUUCCUCAGGAAGUAUAGAGAGAAGUACUGCACCUUCAAUGACGACAUCCAAGGCACUGCUUCUGUAGCUCUGGCUGGUCUGUUAGCAGCUCAGAGAGCUGUUGGCAAACCCAUCACUGAACACCGGGUUCUUUUCUUGGGAGCUGGAGAGGCCGCCCUUGGUAUUGCCAAUCUGAUUGUCAUGGCCAUGAUGGAGUCAGGAGUGUCCCAAGCUGAAGCCAGAAAAAAGAUCUGGAUGUAUGACAAACAUGGCUUACUAGUAAAGGACAGACCGCAGGAAACAGACAGCAAUCAGGAGGUGUUUGUCCACGACAGUCCAGGAGACAUACAGAGCUUCCUAGAUGCUGUCAACACCAUUAAACCCACGGCUAUCAUAGGUGUCGCAGGAGCUGGACGUCUGUUCACCGACGAUGUCAUCAAGGCCAUGGCAGCCCUGAACGAACGACCAAUCAUCUUUGCCCUGAGUAACCCAACCAAUAGAGCAGAGUGCACAGCAGAGGAUGCCUACACUCUCACUGAUGGCAGAUGUCUUUUUGCCAGUGGGAGCCCAUUUGGUCCAGUGACUCUGAGCGAUGGCCGUGUCUUCACUCCUGGACAAGGGAACAAUGCUUACAUCUUCCCAGGUGUGGCCCUGGCUGUGAUCCUGAGCGGAGUGAGACACAUCAGUGACACAGUGUUCUUAGAGGCUGCCAAGACUCUUGCAGAGCAGCUGACCGAUAAAGAGCUGGAAGAAGGCCGACUUUAUCCUCCUCUUUCCAACAUCAGAGACGUUUCUGUCCAGAUGGCUGUCAAGGUGGUGGAGUUUGUCUAUGCUAAAGGCAUGGCGUUCCGCUACCCUGAGCCUGAGGACAAGAACAGCUUUGUACGAGCUACUGUCUGGGACAUCAACUAUGACUCCUUCCUGCCUGACACCUAUGACUGGCCCGCUGUCAGCUUCAGCCCCAAGACUAAAUAGAAACAGAAGAAAUCCUCAUUGUUACCCAGGUCAUAAUGUCACUAUCUUUCUUUGUCUUCCACUUUAUUCUUAAUCACAGAUGUUCUGAGAUGAUCAUAGUUAUGUUAGUGCUAUUGAAGAAAGGGCAGUAGUAACCCCUCAUUGCUCUCAUGUCACUGCAUUUGCACUAACCCAGUCUUAUAAGAUCUGUGAAAAGGUUGAGUGGAAGGUGCUACUGAGAAAGAUUUGGACAUUUGAAUGGGAACGACCAUUCUCUCCUCAAAUCACAGUUGUUUUCAUAUCUUCUCUGCAUCUUGUGCAAACCCUCACAGAACAAGAGGGCCAUCUGGUGGUGGAAAUCUGGUUUUGCUGUUAAAUCUCAUACAUUUAACUCAUUACAGAAACACCAAAACACAAACAUUAGGUAAAUAACAUAAUGCUUUAUCCUAAUCCAAACGCUGUAGGGGAAAAUUACUUAAGGUAGAAAUAGAUUUUUGGAAGACAGUGGAGAGGACUGUAAUGAUUUGUGCCACAUUUGCAUCAGCAUACACUCCAUUUCCCUUUAAGAAAUGGCCCAUAAUACUCUUCACCUAUUUUAAGAGGUAGUAUUUCACUCCAUAGUUAUUUAUUUUAGUUGUGUACACUCCUAAUUCAAAACCCCAUUCCGAUCUUUUCACAUUGUUUCACAUCAGGUGGACCUUUAGCGUCAUAACAGCUGGUCAAAGACAUAAAGACAUGGUUUAUAUUUUUAAACCAUGUUAAUUUGUCUACACUGAUCAUCAGUACAAGUCCAGAUGAACAGAAUGCUAAAGAGUUGAGAAAGAAAGAGAAAACAGUGUAGCUGAAAGAAAAAAUGAAGUUAGAAAUGAAGACACUUUAAUGGAAAGUUUUCCGAUUUUAUGAAGGAAAAUCAAAUGAAAUUUAUAUCAUAAGAAGUUGACAACACAUCCAGUGUCCACUCCAAUAUUGUUUUUCUUCAAACAUUCUUUCCUAGAAUUUAUUUUGUUUCAUUUUUUGUGAUAUUAUCAAUGUUUUUGCUAAGUCAUCCCCACUAUUUUGCUUAAGUGUGAAAUCCAAAUGAAUCUAAUCUAUAUCUUAAAUAUCUAAACAAAUGUGUGCAGUAUAAAAUAAUUAGAUAAAAUCAUUAUUUUCUACCUAAACUAUAUUUUACUUACUGUACAUGCACUUUUGCAGAAACAGCCUGUCCACAGAAAGUGUAUUUAUAAAGCUGUGUGUCCGUGUGUGUGUGUGUUUAGCAGGUUGGUGAGGUUGUGAGUUUUGCUCAAGUCAACACACGUCUGCUCUCUGUAGUGGUCGACCAUGAUCUAGAACAAACUGCAAGUCAUAGUGUCUAUUUACCAACACAAAGGUGGUUAAAGCUUUGCUUGUGUAUCAAGUUAUGAACUUGUUUUUCCUUUAUUUUGAAAUGGAAAUUGUUUCUUGCUCGUAAUUUACGCUGCAAGCUUCUCAAAAAUCAUAUAAUCCUCAUAAAAACAUAGCGAACAAAUAGCGCUGCUGACAGAGGUCACAGACAUCCUGACCUUUUAAUGUGGUUUUCAUUCUCACUUCGUUAUGAUAAAAACACGUCCAUACCUCAAAAUGAUCCUUAGCUACUACUCGUGCUCUGUUUGGAUGCAAAAGGGUGAUGAUGCCUAAAAGAUGGAUCGGUGCUGUCAAUAUUUAUUUGUAUGAAGUAACCCAUUACAAUAAAACAGCCUGGUAGUCUAUUUUAGUUGUACACAAGGGCAUUAGCAUUAGCAGUUUCUACAGUAUGUAAACAUAUAUAUGUAUUACUCCUCCAGGAUGUUGUUUAGGACCUUCCUGCACUGAAGUGCCUGCAGUUCAGUGUAUUCAGUCACUCCAUGUUCCACACUGUAGACAGGAUGAGGUCAUUUUGUAGUAUUCAACAUGCAGCUUUUCUCCUCACACUCAGAACUUCUGGAGUAGUUUUAUUUGAAUGAAACGAUAUGUAGAAACUGUUACACCUCAUCAAGUGUUGACUCGCUCUGUGUAGUUGUUGAGAACUGUAAUUGUCCAGUAUGAGUUGUUACUGUGUGGUGUUCAGUGACUGUUCGGCUCAUGUCAUUCCUGUCGUCCCUCCAUAUUUCAUAUGUGCAUUUGUUUUGUGCAGCGUCCACCGAGUUUCUGAAGUUUGUUUUCGUUAAAUUGCCUCAGUGUUUGUACGCAGAGAGCGGCAUGUUUGUGACGUUAAAGUGCAGAAUAAAACCAUUUUACACUGA